CCACCGCUGGUUAUUCGUGUAAGCAACAAAAGCGUGAGGAAGCUUCCCUUUAUCUACGCCUCGCCUCCUCUUCCAUUACCCGUCGUCGGUGAUCUUCUUCCUUCGUCUUUCCAACGAAGCCAUGGAUUCGCUCUGCCUCUUGGCGCUCUUGUUGCUUUGCUGCUUAGCAGCGGCGGAGGCUGAAAAGCAGACUUACAUAGUCCACAUGGCGAAGUUUCAGAUGCCGGCGGCCUUCGUGGAGCACGGCGACUGGUACGACGCUUCGCUACGGGCUGUCUCCGACACCGCUGAGAUCCUUUAUUCGUAUGACACUGUUGCGCAUGGCUUCUCCGCUCGGCUCACCGCCGCGGAGGCUAGCGCGCUCGAGGGGCUACCUGGUGUGCUCGGCGUCCAUCCCGAGGUCCGUUACGAGCUUCACACCACGCGCACGCCGGAGUUCCUCGGCAUCGACCACGGAGAGGGAUUCGUCCCCCAGUCCGACUUCAACAGCGACAUCGUCGUCGGGGUGCUCGACACCGGUGUGUGGCCGGAGCGCAGGAGUUACGACGACGCUGGGCUCGGCCCCGUUCCUGCCAGCUGGAAGGGCGCCUGCGAGGAGGGGAAGGACUUCAAGGCCGCCGACGCAUGCAACCGGAAACUCGUCGGCGCGCGGUUCUUCUCCAGGGGGUACGAGGCCACCAUCGGCGCCAUCGACGAGACCAAGGAGUCGAGGUCGCCGCGGGACAACGAUGGCCACGGUACACACACCUCCUCCACCGCGGCGGGAUCGACCGUCCCUAGCGCCAACCUGCUCGGAUACGCCGCCGGCACCGCCCGUGGCAUGUCCACUCGCGCACGCGUCGCCGUGUACAAGGUCUGCUGGCUCGGCGGGUGCUUUAGCUCCGACAUUCUCGCUGCUAUCGACAAGUCCGUAGAGGACGGUUGCGGCGUUCUGUCCAUGUCGCUGGGCGGCGGCACGGCGGACUACUUCCGUGACAGCAUCGCCACCGGGGCUUUCAAUGCCAUGGCUAAAGGGGUUGUUGUUUCCUGCUCCGCCGGCAAUGCGGGGCCCUCUGCUUCAACACUCUCCAACUUGGCGCCGUGGAUCACCACUGUCGGAGCCGGUACGCUGGAUCGCGACUUCCCUGCCUACGUCGUGCUAGGCAACGGGAAAAACUUCAGCAGCGUCUCACUCUACAGCGGGAAGCCGCUCUCCUCGUCGCCUUACUCCUUCAUCUACGCCGGGAAUGCCACCAACGCCACCAACGGCAACCUCUGUAUGCAGGGGACCCUUAUCCCUGAAAAAGUCGCAGGAAAAAUUGUCCUAUGCGACCGCGGCAUCAAUGCUCGAGUGCAGAAGGGCUUUGUUGUCCGUGACGCCGGCGGAGCCGGUAUGAUCCUCGCUAACACCGCCGCCAACGGAGAGGAGCUCGUCGCCGACGCUCACCUCCUCCCUGCCUCCGCUGUCGGGCAAAAGGCUGGAGACGCCAUCAAGUCUUACCUAUUCUCAGAUCCGAGCCCGUCGGCCACGAUCGUAUUCGGAGGGACCAAAGUCGGAAUCAUGCCGUCACCGGUGGUGGCAGCGUUCUCCUCCCGCGGUCCGAACGCCGUCACUCCCGACAUCCUGAAGCCAGACAUCAUCGCGCCGGGCGUGAACAUCCUAGCAGCCUGGACAGGGCAGGUCGGCCCGACUGGACAGGCGGCAGAUCCGCGGCGAACGGAGUUCAACAUCAUCUCCGGGACCUCCAUGUCGUGCCCCCACAUCAGCGGCCUGGCGGCUCUUCUCAAGGGGGCGCACCCGGACUGGAGCCCUAGCGCCAUCAAAUCUGCCCUAAUGACCACUGCCUACGCCGCUUACUCCAACGGCAACGGCAUCCUCGACGUCGCCACCGGCCACGAUGCCACGCCCUUCGAUUUCGGCGCCGGCCACGUAGACCCGCCGAAGGCCCUCGACCCCGGCCUCAUCUACGACAUCUCGCCGGACGACUACAUCGAUUUCCUCUGCGCCCUAAACUACACGACCCUCCAGAUCGCGAGCGUCUCCCGUCGGCCCAACGUCACCUGCGACGCCAGCAAGUCCUACGCGGUAUCCAACCUCAACUACCCCUCAUUCUCCGUCGCAUUCUCCACGGCGAGCAGCUCCGAGGCGCAGGCGGCGACGACGGUAAAGCACGCACGCACGCUGACCAACGUCGGCUUACCGGGGACGUACAAGGUGACAGUCACAGCUCCAGCGGAGGUGAAAGUGGCGGUGGACCCGCAGGAGUUGCGCUUUGCCGCGGCGGGGGAGAAGAAGAGCUACACGGUGAGCUUCUCCGCGGCGUCGCAGCCUUCCGGAUCCGCCGCGUUCGGCCGACUCGAGUGGACCGACGGGAAACACGUCGUCGCGAGCCCAUUGGCCUUCACGUGGACCUAAAGAUUCGCGACUUAAAGCAGCCACUCGUGAUGUACGGUCCUGAUAGGCCAAGCGCCGAAGCAUAUCAAUAAGCUGUGGUGCUUUAAAACAAGAAACGAAAAAUGUUCUAUGUUUGUGUGCGUUUUUAUUAACACGCUUCAUUUUAGAGUUCAAAA